UUUGUCUCCUUCGCGUGACGCCGUUCUCCCUCGUUGCCAUAGCAACACUAACUAUUAGCAAACGAUGGCUAGUGAAACUAUGUCGGAGUUUUACUCCGCUGUCUGCAAAGAACAUGAAAUAGAAAUAAACCCGUACAUUGUACAAGUGUUGGAGGCUACUACGGUAACGGAGAGUGUGACCUUAAAAGUGAGAGGAAACAGCCGCCUGAGAAACGUCCAGCGACUCAAUGACGACGACGUCCUCGCUAUCUGCGAAUGUCUGAGAAACAACCAGAGUGUGUCAGGUCUUGACGUCAGGUACAAUAACAUAACAGAUGAAGGGGUCGGACACCUUGUCGGCCUCUUACAGUGUAACAGCACCUUGCUCUCUCUCAGACUGUCAGGAAAUAAGAUCGGGAACAGAGGAGCCAUGCACCUGGCCGGCAUGCUGCAGGUCAACAGCACCCUGAAGGAGCUGCAGCUGGCUGACUGCGACCUGGACACUCAGAGUGUGAUAGCCUUUGCCAUCGUGUUGAAAAGCAACAAGACUCUUCUCUCUGUCGAUAUCAGCCGGCCACUGCUCUUCAGCCACCAGGAGGAGUGCAUGGUGCACUUCUCUGAGAUGCUGGUGGUGAACGGCAGCCUGGUGGAGCUCCACCUGGGGAAGAUGGGGAUGACCGACACCAGGGUGGAGAGGCUGACUGAAGGACUGCGGGUCAACCACAGCCUGCGCUACCUGGACCUGCGCUGCAACCGCGUGACUCGUGAUGGCGUGCAUCUUCUAGCCGAGCUGCUGAAGCAGAACCAGACCCUGGAGAUCAUAGAUCUGUCGUCCAAUCGGAUUGAAGAUGAAGGUGCUGGGUACCUGAGCGAGGCCAUCGCCUGGCCAGGCUGCGCCCUGAGAGAGCUGUCUGUCAGCAGUAACAACAUCAGGUCGGAGGGUCUGCUGUCUCUGGCUCGGGCUCUGACAGUCAACACAUCUCUGAACCACAUCUACAUCUGGGGGAACCACCUGGAGGAGUCUGUCUGUCAGGGCUUCAGGAGAGGCUGAUCAGCCAGCUGGCCGCGCAGCUGCACGGCAAGAGCGAGAGGAUGUUAGCGCGUUACGAGGUGGACGGGCAGGUGUGUUCUGGCCGAGCUCUUCCACGGUUUGAGGAGCACUAAUACAGCCCAAACGGCUACGGUACCAUACGCAUCCGGCCCCCCCGGAAACGGUACAAGACGCAGCCUCCACUCCACAUUCCCAGACAAACCGUGAGAGGCAGCCAGAGUGUUCCCCUGCCAGUCUCUGAGGGCUCCGUUAAACCUUAAACCCACAAAACAAACA